CUCAAACCUAAACCAGCACAGUAUCACUCCAGUAGCUCCAGUUAGCUUCCAUUGCUGAACCUGCCAUGGCAGCUCCGGCCACGGUGGUGGUGCCGCGCAUGAAGCUGGGCUCGCAGGGGCUGGAGGUGUCGGCCCUGGGGCUGGGAUGCAUGGGCAUGUCAGCCUUCUACGGCCCACCCAAGCCCGAGCCCGAAAUGAUCGCGCUCAUCCACCACGCCGUCGCUGCCGGCGUCACCCUCCUCGACACCUCCGACAUCUACGGCCCGCACACCAACGAGAUCCUCGUCGGCAAGGCGUUGCAAGCGGGUGUGAGGGAGAAGGUGCAGCUGGCAACCAAGUUCGGCAUACUCGCCUGCGCCGACGGCACCCGGGAGAUCCACGGUGAGCCGGCGUACGUGCGCGCGGCGUGUGAGGGCAGCCUCGAGCGGCUCGGCGUCGACUGCAUUGAUCUCUACUACCAGCACCGCAUCGACACCAAGGUGCCCAUCGAAGUCACGAUAGGUGAACUCAAGAAACUUGUUGAGGAGGGAAAGAUAAAGUACAUUGGGCUAUCCGAAGCAUCGGCAUCGACAAUCAGAAGAGCACAUGCAGUUCAUCCGAUAACUGCCGUCCAACUAGAGUGGUCUCUUUGGUCAAGAGAUGUCGAAAAAGACAUCAUCCCUACUUGCAGGGAACUUGGUAUUGGUAUCGUGGCAUACAGUCCAUUGGGUAGAGGGUUCUUCUCAAGUGGCCCUAAAUUGGUCGAAACACUAUCCGACCAAGACUUUCGCAAGGAUUUGCCAAGAUUCCAAGCCGAAAACCUGGAGAAGAACACCAUGAUAUUCGAGCGUGUUAGCGCAAUGGCUUCAAGGAAGGGGUGCACAGCAUCACAGCUUGCACUGGCCUGGGUUCACCACCAGGGGCGCGACGUCUGCCCCAUACCGGGAACCACCAAAGUCGAGAACUUCAACCAGAACGCGGCGGCGCUGUCCGUGAAGCUCGCACCGGAAGAGAUGGCCGAGCUAGAGUCCUACGCGUCGUCGGAUAUCGCGGGCGAUCGGUACAUGCAUGAUUUCCUGAAUACUUGGGAGGAUUCGGAAACCCCUCCUCUUUCGUCCUGGAAGGCAGAGUAAUACUUCUCGUGAACAAGAAUAAAAGAGUUGUUUCUCAUGUGCACAUCUGCAUGUUGAAACUACAGAGAUGUUGCACAUGGUGCUUGCGUGUACACCCCCUACUUUCGAGAUAUGAAUUGAUAUGAAAUGGUUACCAAAACAAUGUAGGAGCACCAAAUUUGUAGCGAAGGGAGCUCAAGUUUCCAUGGUACCCACUAGUACGAACGCAUGUUUUGUUUGGAAACAACGGUUGUCUCUAUGGAAGAAAAAGUGGACCACGAGAGAAUAGCAGCUUCGACCGAUUUGUUUUGCAUAUGGAAAUAAAAAAAAACAAGGGUCCGUCAGUUUCUCAGUC